AUGUCCCAACGCGCACACAACCAAUACACCGCCGACGACGGGGUCAAGUGGCAGACCUACGCGGACGCGUUCACCGCCUGGCUAGUCCAACCCACUCGCGAGACCUAUCCCGGCAACCCGCCGGAAGGCUACUACGAUGUCUACAAAAAGCGACAGACCUACGCACCUGGACCGCGCGAGUUCGCUCAACUUGUCGCGUCAGUCUUCCAACCCGCUCAGUCAGCCCCGCCUCCGUCCACCUCGUCGGGCCAUAGCGUAUUGAUGAGUACCGAUGCCUUUAACGCGUUCCUCAACUACCGAUCGGGCACGCAGGACCAGAUCUUGCAGUUCGCGCAGAAGGCUCGUGGCGGAAACCCGGUCGCCUCGGACCUUGGAGGCGGAGGACGAUACGGAGGAUGGCGUGUGGGAGGACGUGGGGGAUAUCGCGGAGGGCGAGGGGGCGGACGCGGGGGUUUUGGCGGAGGAAAUUGGUCCGGGAGACCGAUGUACGUUCGUCCCCCUGUCCAAUCCGUUCCUCUCGCCGGACGUGUCGGAAACCCUGUGAAUAAGGGUAAGCAGCCGGUUGGUAAGGCGGCCAACAAAAAGUGGCGGUACCGUAAGAGGGGAGGACGCAAAGGCAAAGCAGCCGAACAACCUGUUCAUAAUGACGAGGAACCCGAGGCCGGGCCAUCCAAUGUCGACCAGAUGGUGGUCGAUGAUGAAGGCGAUAACGGGCGCUCCGAUCCCGAAGAAGACCUCGAAGACGCCGUCUCGCUCGGAGAUGAAGGCUUCUAA